AUGGUAUCAGAGCGCCGCCGGGAGAGCUAUGUCGCCGCAGUCGUCGGUGAAUCAAGCCAGGGAGUUCAACUGGAAUCACUGGUAGAUGUCAAUACUCAAAGAGUUCCUGCUCCGCAGAGGAGCAACGUUGUCGAAGACUUGGAUAAUCCCUUCUAUCUGAGCAGCAAUGAGAAUCCUAACGCGAUACUUGUGAGCCCUCCCCUUUCUGGCAGCAACAACUAUGCAACAUGGAGUAUCUCCAUGAGAGUGGCCCUUGAGGUAAAAAAUAAAUGGGGAAUCGUCAAUGGGAGCCUUCCUGCGCCGGAACAAACUCACAGUCAAUACAAUGCGUGGAGAAGAUGCAAUCUGAUUGCGUCUUCAUGGAUCCUGAGGUCUGUACAGCCAUCCAUUGCACAAAGUGUAAUGUACAUGGACGAAGCAAAGUUGAUCUGGAAUGAUUUGCGUAGGAGGUUCUCACAGAGAGAUGCGCAUCGCAUCUCAUCUCUACAAAGCGAAAUAAAUGAUCUGAGACAGGGAGCUAUAACCAUCAGGAAAGACAGAGAAAUUGAUCAGGUGAUAAAAUUCCUACAGGGGCUCAGCGAAGCUUAUAACUCCCUGAAAUCUGGAGUUCUAGUGCUUGAUCCCCUUCCGGACCUACACAAGGUGCUGGUUAUGGCCGAAAAGUUUGAAAGGCAGCUCAAUGUUAUGAAUCUCAACAAACAUGGCACGGAGUUUACCCAGGCAAAUGCUAUUCACACUCAAACUGAAAAAUUCAAUGAGCCGAUAGAUUCAAUGGCUGCUGCAUUCAACUACUCUAAUGGCAGAAGGGCGAAUUCAGAAAUAGGAGGUAAAUCUAUGGCUAAAUGUACCUUUUGCCGGAUGAAUGGACACACCAUUGAGAAGCGUUACAAGAAACACGGAUUCCCUCCGGGUUGGAUACCAGGCUACAAAUCCAAAGGAAAGCAGUAUGCUAAUGCCGCAGUUGCACAACCAGGACAGACCUUCACUCCUCAGCAGGUUCAAGGUCUGAUCUCCCUUCUUGAUCAAAUGGGGCACAAACAGCAACCCUCUAGUGCUGCAGUGCAUAACUAA